CAUAAUGUUCCACUGUUUCGCUUGACUUUGAAAAAAAGAAACAAGAAAUAAAAGGAUCUAUGAUCGAUCAUUGAAAAAUGCGUUUUUCGAUGGACUGAUCGAAUCCCGUUCGUUUUUACCGAAUUUCAUUGGAUGUCGGUUGCAUAUUGGAUAAGUUGACGAUAGUCGAUUGACAUUUAAAUAAUUAUCGACACCGGAACGUCAUCGAGAAAGUUGGCAGUAUUUGUCGCGCUCGUACGGUGCGAAACUUCUGCGAUCACUGUUGCUCGGGUUAUUGAUUUCUAGCUGAUAUGCUUCAUGAAAACAAAAAUGUUUUGAUUGGUGAUCUGUGACUGUUGAACGACAGUAUGAUCUUUCAUGUAUAGAAAUGGCAGAAACUGAUCCACAAUUGAAACGACUUUUACUUCCGGCAGAAGAGACAUUGUUUGAACAGUUACUAAGAUUCGGCUUAUAUAUUGGCGCAGUAUUCCAAGUUAUAUGUUUAUUGGCCAUUGUUGUUUAUCAGGCCGGUCCGUCUGAUGGUAUUGCUGCAUUAAAGGAUGACCCAAGUGAUGUGGAAUGUUCAGAAAACAGUCCUCAAGUUACUCCUAGAAGACCACAUCGGCCACGAAAGCAAGAAAAAAAGAAAAGACGUUGAAUUAUCUUGCUUCCAGUAUAAAAAGUCUAUGACUUAAUAAUCUUUGCCUAUGUGUCAAAUAGACUGCCUUUAGAUAUUAUUAUUAUUAUUAUCAUUUGUGUAAUGUAUUCCAUGAGUAUUUAUUAAUCUAUCAAAGACCAUAUGUGAUCUGUAUUUAUACUUGACUUUUUAUAACUAUUUUCAUUGAGAUCAUAAAUAUUGUUUGAAUACUUCCAUCAUUCCAGAAAUAUUUUAAAAAAUGUUCUUAAUAGUACAAAUAUUAAAUAAAAAUUGUUCUUGUAAAAUAA